UAUAAAUACAAACGAAAGGUUUCAUCUUUCUCUCCCAUUUCCUCCGACUCUUUCUCUACCCACUUCCUUCUCCCACUACUCUCUCACUAACCGAGUCAUCAUGGGCGAGAAGAAGAACGAAGGAGAUAACAAGAAGAAAGGUGGAGAUAACAAGAAAAAGAACGAAACGCCGUCAAUCACCGUCGUUUUGAAGGUCGACAUGCAUUGUGAAGGUUGUGCUUCUCGAAUCGUCAAAUGUGUUCGUUCUUUCCAAGGUGUUGAGACGGUGAAAUCGGAGUCGGCUACAGGGAAACUUACGGUGACCGGAGCUUUAGAUCCGGUGAAACUGAGGGAGAAACUUGAAGAGAAGACAAAGAAGAAAGUCGAUUUGGUUUCUCCUCAACCCAAAAAGGAAAAAGAGAAAGAGAACAAUAAGGACAAAAACAAAAACGAUGAAGACAAAAAAAAAUCAGAGGAGAAGAAGAAACCAGACAACAACGAGAAGAAACCCAAAGAGACUCCGGUAACAACGGCGGUAUUGAAGCUGAACUUCCAUUGUCAAGGUUGUAUCGGGAAAAUCCAAAAGACUAUCACAAAAACCAAAGGUGUUGAUGGUUUAACAAUGGAUAAAGAGAAGAAUUUGGUGACUGUUAAAGGAACAAUGGAUGUUAAAAAACUCGUUGAGAGUUUGAGUGAGAAGCUGAAACGUCAGGUUGAGAUUGUGCCGCCGAAGAAAGAGAAAGAAAAUGGUAACGAAACUGGCGAGAAGAAGAAAGGUGGCGGCGGAGACGGUGGUGGAAAGGAGAAAUCCGGUAACAAAGGAGGUGGUGAGGGAGUGAAUAUGAUGGAGUACAUGGCGGCUCAGCCUGCUUACGGGUACGGGUAUUAUCCGGGUGGGCCUUAUGGAUACCCGAUUCAAGCCCACGCGCCGCAGAUUUUUAGCGAUGAGAAUCCGAAUGCUUGUGUUGUUAUGUGAAGCGGCGGCGGAGAAAUUGGAAAGUGGUAGAGAAUGUAAAUAAGCCAUAAUCUUUGGGGGUAUUUUUGGUAUUUUUCUUCUUGGGAUUCUGCUACGGUUUUAGUUUUUAAUUUCUCCCUUUUUUGGUUUAUCUAGCUGGGCAUAUUUAAUUACUCCACUUCAAAGUUUAAACAUGCAAAUAUAUCCAAAGAGAUUUAAUAUUUUCUUUUUCCUUGUCUAGUUUAAUUGGGAAUAAAUAAAAAUAAGUUUAGUUAAA